GAUUGAAAGUUGGAUAUAUAACAUUAAAUUAAUAUCCUUGUCUUAAUGGUAUUUCAAGUGUAGGGUAGAGGGGUUUCAUCAGUUUUAGUAAGAGAGAAAGGAACUUUUAUGAUAUACCCAGUGUCAUUUGAACAAGAAAUGCACAUGAGAUUAAUGGGUUUAGUAAUAAAUGCGUAACAUGGUGAUAGAUUAAAUUAUCAGAAAAUUUUUGGAAAAAAGUGAGAGUUUAGGUAUAAUGACAUCACUACAGAAACUCUCUGAAAAGGAUGAUGCUGUUUGACAACGAUUUGCAGGAAAUGGGGGAGGAAUGCAGGGAAACUCGUGAAUAUCAACUGUAGAAAAGCCUUAUCCUUCACGUGGUUCGAUUUCCCAUGAAUAUGAUACAUAAAAGAAAGGUUGGAAAUGGGUUUAUGAUGAUUUUCCUUUUCCUUGUGUGUGUGUGUGUGAGCGUAAAUAUUUGUCAUGUUCUUGCAUUGGUUCUGUGUACUUGGAUGCUGAUGCUCCACCAUUUUUCUGCUUUGUCAAAGAUUCUCCAUGCUCUUUGAACUCAAGCAACUGUUUGAUUCAUUCUAGGAUAUCAUGGUACCUGUGAGCUCAGAAUCAGAACCACAAAUGGUGGAUUCAAAGGGGUUUCUCACAUAUCUCUGUUACUUCAUCUUCUUCCUCCCUGUCUUUGUUCUUCUCUUUGCUCUUGGCAUCAUCAAAGGUGGUAUUUUCAGUCCCUUUGUGUUUCUAGUAAUAGCUUUUGGGGACAUAGGUGUUGUGGUAGGGCUAUGGCCUUGUCAUCUUGUUUGGACUGUUUACUGUAUAGUGAGGACAAAGAAAUUUGAUCCAUAUUUGAAGUGCCUAUUGAUUCUUAUGGUCCCAAUUCCAGUAGCAUUGUGGACAGUUGUUGGGGUGGUUGGUAGUGUGAUUAUGGGAAUUGGUUAUGGUUUCAUUUGCCCUGUGAUGGAUACAUUCAAGGCUGUUAGCAUGGAAGGUGUUUCUUUACGAACAAAAUUGAUCAGAUGCUUCACGGAUGGUACUUGGAGCAAUGUUUGGGGUGCCUGCACAAUUGUCCGUGAUUUUGCUGAUUUUUCUUUCCAUUCUUACUUCUCAGUGAUGGAUGGAUUGCUUGAAUCAAAAGGGGAGAAGCCCAUAGAACUAAAGGUUUUUGAGAUACCAGGUUGCAUUUUAUGUGCAAUUCUCGGAGUUCUGGUUGACGUGCCUUUUAUAACUCUGAUAGUCCUCUAUAAAUCCCCCAUCUUGCUGUUCAAAGGGUGGAAUCAGUUACUGCAUGAUCUUAUUGGAAGGGAGGGGCCUUUCUUUGAAACCAUCUGUGUCCCCUUUGCAGGGCUUUUGAUUUUGUUGUGGCCAAUUGUGGUUGUUUUAGCUGCUUUGGCUGGAGUUAUUUCGAGUUUCUUCUUUGGCUGUUGUGCUGCUGUUAUUGCAUAUCAGGAAAGCUCUAUAAAGAGGGGGUUGCUAUAUAUAGUUGCAUCUAUGUCAUUGUUUGAUGAGUCCACCAAUGACUUCCUUUACCUACGAGAAGGAUCCUGCUUUCCCAGACCAAGAUAUUGCAAGCAGCUGACUUAUAGUCCAACACUGGUGUCUGUAAAUGGGCUGAAUGAACAGCUCCAUGCCAAUGAACCUCUUGUAAGGACAGCUUCUGAGAAAAAGAGGGCACUUAGUGCUGUGAUGAUAUGGGAUAACUACUUCAAAGCAUGUGAGCACACCGGGAAAGAGCUUCUCAGAGCUGGAGCUGUUGGGAUGCCAGAUCUGGAGACAUGGCGAAAUUCAAAGAACAAGAUAAUUAAUAUUGGAAUUCCUGCUUAUUCGUUUCUGGAAUGCUUCCUUCACUCUAUCAAGAGUGGUUCCCCUGGAUUUCUCAUGCGUGACAAUGUUGAAUUAACAAGUUUGAACAGACCUGAGGGAAGGGUUUUUGACUGGAUGUUUGAGCCCAUGAGCAUCAUGAAAGAGCAGCUCAAGAGACUAAAUCUAGUAGAGACUGAAGAAUUAUACCUCUACAAAUUUUCUCUGUACCAUGGUGAUAGAGAAAGAAUGGAAGCUUGGCAAAAUGGUGGCUUCCCACCAGAAGAUGAGAUUAGGAGAGCUCAGUUAGAGGGUAUUAGUAGAAGGCUGCAGGGAUUUUGUUUGACACUUUCAAGACUACCGACAUCCAGGCGCUGGUUUGAUGGAGUGGUGAAAGAGAUAGAACAAGAAGCAAGGCGGGGAUUGGAUGGGUUUGAUGCACUUGAUGAUCUAACAGCAGUUGUUUAGGAUUUUUUUUUUUUUUGAAAUUUAAACAAUAAGCUUUGAUGAUCUGAAAGUUUUUUUCUUCUUCAAAUUGGAAUUAUAUAUUUUUACAUUGCAGUCA